CAACAACAAUGAACACCUACGUUACAUUAGCCUGCCUUUUGGCCGUUGUUGGCUUCAGCCAAUGCAACCCCGUCGCUCCUAUUGGAUUGGGCUAUGGCGGAAUUGGCCUGUCAUCGCCAAUCAUCGGCGCCCCAAUCCUGGCCCCGGCCGCGAUCUCCACCGCUAGCCUUGUCAAAGCCGCACCAAUCCCCGUCAUCAGGACCGUCGCUGCCCCAGUCAUCACCGCACCAGUAGUCAGGACAGUAGCCACCGCACCCAUUGGACUCGGUCUUGGUACCCUCGGUCUCGGUAGCUACGGCCUGGGCCUGAACAGCGGACUCGGAUGGGGCUCCGGUCUUGGACUCGGAUUGGGAGGCAAAGUUAUUGGUUAAUUGACGUCAAACGAAGUGCAGAUAUGGCAUUCAAAAUUCUAUAUAUAUUA